AGUUGGCGGCAGAUCUCCAAGACUCCCAAGUCCACUCCCCCCCUGCAUCAAGAUGGCUGACGAAGACGUCCAAGCUCUGGUCGUGGACAACGGCUCCGGCAUGUGCAAGGCCGGUUUCGCCGGCGACGACGCCCCGCGCGCCGUGUUCCCGUCGAUCGUGGGCCGCCCCAAGCACCUGGGCAUCAUGGUCGGCAUGGACCAGAAGGACGCGUACGUCGGUGACGAGGCCCAGUCCAAGCGUGGUGUGCUGACCCUGAAGUACCCCAUCGAGCACGGCAUCGUGACCAACUGGGACGACAUGGAGAAGAUCUGGCACCACACGUUCUACAACGAGCUGCGUGUCGCCCCCGAGGAGCACCCCGUGCUGCUGACGGAGGCCCCGCUCAACCCCAAGGCCAACCGCGAGCGCAUGACGCAGAUCAUGUUCGAGACGUUCAACGUGCCCGCCAUGUACGUGAACAUCCAGGCAGUGCUGUCCCUGUACGCCUCGGGCCGUACCACGGGCUGCGUGCUCGACUCGGGUGACGGUGUCUCGCACACGGUGCCCAUCUACGAGGGUUACGCCCUGCCGCACGCCAUCGUGCGUCUGGACCUGGCCGGCCGCGACCUGACGGACUACAUGAUGAAGAUCCUGACGGAGCGUGGUUACUCGUUCACGACCACGGCCGAGCGCGAAAUUGUGCGCGACAUCAAGGAGAAGCUGACGUACAUCGCCCUGGACUUCGACCAGGAGAUGAAGACGGCCGCCGAGUCCUCGGGCCUUGAGAAGUCUUACGAGCUGCCCGAUGGCAACGUCAUCGUCAUCGGCAACGAGCGCUUCCGUACCCCCGAGGUGCUGUUCCAGCCCUCGCUCAUCGGUAAGGAAGCUUCGGGCAUCCACGACUGCACCUUCCAGACCAUCAUGAAGUGUGACGUCGACAUCCGUAAGGACCUGUACUGCAACAUCGUGCUGUCGGGCGGUACCACCAUGUACCCGGGCAUCGGCGAGCGUAUGACCAAGGAGCUGACGGCUCUGGCCCCGUCCACCAUGAAGAUCAAGGUGGUGGCCCCGCCCGAGCGCAAGUACUCGGUCUGGAUCGGUGGUUCCAUCCUGUCGUCGCUGUCGACGUUCCAGCAGAUGUGGAUCUCGAAGGCCGAGUACGACGAGUCGGGACCCUCGAUCGUGCACCGCAAGUGCUUCUAAGCGACCUGCAGAGGAGUCAACUCGUCUUAGAAUCUGGGGCAGACACGCCGCCGCCGGCGCGUAGCAUCUUGAGGCUUAAGUGCUUCGGUGCGCGCUCGGGAGGGGGCGCCUGCCGCCCAUUUACUUUCAAGCCUUUCUUUGCUUUAAUUUCUAAAAUACUAGGAUUGAUGUUGUGAUCUAUCCC